UACGUGGACACAGUGUUUGCUGCUCAUCGAAUAUCUCGACAUGGAUACGGUGCCGAUGCUCCAACAUGGGAUUUUGCAUCGUCAUUUUUUUUUACAGCUACUAUGCUAACCUUGAUCGGUUAUGGGUAUAUUGCACCUGUUACUUUCUACGGACGACUUUUUGGUGUUGUUUAUUGUUUAAUUGGAAUUCCAUUAACGCUAGUUACUGUAGCAAAUGUUGCCAAAUUUAUCUCAGAAACUAUUUUUUUAAUUCAUUAUGAAUUUUGGAAACUAUGGAUGGAAUAUAAAGAAAGGAAACGAGGAGAAAUCGAUGAGAACAGGCCUCUGUUCGCUGACAGUGAAGACGAACAGGAGCUUUUGGAUCGUGUAAAACUUAUUCGUUUUCCGCCAAUACUCGUAUUUCUGUUUGUGUUUAUUUAUGGUCUUUUUGCUUCAUACAUUAUACAGUUGAAAGAAAAUUGGACUUAUGUUGAGUCAAUGUAUUUUACUUUCAUCAGUAUUUUAACUGUUGGGUUCGGCGACUUUCGACCAGAACCAAAAAAUAUGCUCACUGUUCUCAUUGUAAUUAUUGGUGGUAUUAUAUUGACAACGAUGUGUAUGGAUGUGAUUGGUAGAAUGUACCUCAAAGAAAUACAUUACCUUGGCCGUAAACUUCAGACCAAUAACCCAUUUUACUUGAUACGUGAAGCUAAAGCAAGGAGAAGAAGACAAGCAAUGGCCAGCUUGUUGGCUCAGUUUGCCAAAAGUAUGAUCUUUGCUCACCGAAAUUACAAUGAUUUGGCAAGGAAAAGAAGUCGAAAGGCUCGUAAACGACAACCACGUUUAGGAUCACGAUUACUUCCGGAUGCCAAAUAUCUGUUUGCCCGAAUGCCACCAGAUCCGCCAAGUGAAUGUCAGGUGGUAUCAACUUCAGCAUAUUCCGUACGUUUGGCUUGGGCUCCAGCUUUUUCAACUGACGAUGAAGUGACUUAUAACAUUCGUUACCGAUUAAAGUUUAAAGAGAACAGUAAAGUACGGGAAAUUGCUGGCAUUCACGGUAAUGCUGCAGAGAUUACAAACGUUGACUCCUGUUCGCUGUACGAAUUUCGUAUAACUGCAGUUUCCAAAUACGGUGAAAGUAAACCAGUUGUACUAGUACAAUAUACAGAACCACAGCUGAGUCCCCAGCAUAUUCGAGCAACUCGCUUGAACGCUAAUACAAUUGAACUUAUCUGGGAACCACCGUACAAGCGGCACUCUGAUGUUAAAAAUUAUAUUGUGUACUAUACUGACAACCCGAACUCAGUGUUAUCAGAAUGGGAAAAAAUAACGGUACAUGGACGACGGGUCGUGUUCCCAGAAUUAAAAUUUGAUUGGUUUUACAUGUUUUGUGCAACAGCGUGUUUUCGGGAUGGUCAACGAUCUCCUCUUUCUAGAGCAUUAUUUAUAAAAACGGAUCAAAUUGAGUUCAAACCACGAUGUGUCGGGCAGUCAAAAACUAUUGAAGUGAUGGAUUCGUUGUGUGAACGAGAAACAAGCAACGAACUUACGCCGUUGAUCAGGCGGAAUUACGUGUCUUUUGCUGUUUGA